GGAGGAGGAGGAGGAGACCGGGGCUGGGUUUGUUACUGUCAUUGGGUUUACAGUUGCUCGAAACACCGCAGUGUCGCUUCCUCCUUCCUCCUCCAGACGCAGGUCCAGGUAGCGGCGCUGAGGACGCACCUGGAUGUGGCUCCUGUGAACGUUGUUUCACGGCCUGUUACGAGGUGUCAGCGGGUCCAUGUUAUUAUCUCACAGAGACGUCGAGCCGGUCAUACAGGGCCGGUAAUCUCAUUUAAGGCCCAAGCCUUGGAGUCGACUCUCCAACGCUUGUUUUGAAAACAAAAGAACCGAGGGCAAAAGAAAGAAGCUCCGUAAUUCAUGCGCCGUUUUGUCUCCUGAGCAAGAUGAGUACAGACAGACCCAAACGGAAUAUCAUCAAGAAAAAAUAUGACAUCAGCGACGUGAUGCCGUGGCGUGAAGAGCGUCUGAUCCGGAAAGUUCUUUUCCUCUCCCUCAGGGAAUUCAGAGACAAACACCGCGCCGCGCACCAACACAUACACAAGCGCGCGCACAAACGCCCGUCAAAGAACAUACUCCUGCACGAUCCGCAAAAGACACAGAAAAACGCAAGGAAGCAUGUGCACACGCCACAACACAGAGUCGCCUGCCGACCGCCAAACGCGCACAUACAGAAAAACCUACACGCUGCACAGAACAUACGCAUUUCAGAACACCUGCGCCCUCACGAGAGCACAAAGAGACAGCAGAAAGUUGACAUACCUCAGGCCUCACACUCGCCAAAAACUAAAUGUCCCCACGUGCUGCAGAACGCGCCGUCAAAAGUGUCCACAGGGAAAGACAAACAGGCUUCGCAGCACGCGCCCCUUAAACAGGCGUACAUGCUACAGAAGAGUUCUUUAUCGAACAGGACGCUACGCUCACACAAAACACAAAACACACAGUCGCUGGUGGACUCGAAAUACAAAGAAACGGCCAAACACGCGUACACCACCAGGCACAGACACUCGGUAAAAAGCAGCCACGCGCCUGAGGACACGCAGACGCUGCUGACGUCGCCGCCUCGAGCCAGAACUCUGAGGUCACAGGCUACGACAGGACCCAGCGGUUCUCUGGUUAACGGCAUGAGCCGGUGUCGGCCCCUCCUGCCCGGUGGUCCGAGCUGUAUCUGGUCCUUACAAACACGGCCUCAGCGGCGCCACCACCCUGCCGCCAUCCACCGCGACAAGAGCGAACCUGCGAACAAGAGGAGCAUAAGAUUUAUUCCAGGACCGUUGUAUUUGGCUAGAUCAACACCAGUCUGUGUGUGUGCGUGCAGACCACGUCUGCAAGCGCAGCGGAAGUUUGCCCAGUCCCCCGCCAGCUCCCCCGGACCAACAGUCUUGAUGUCGUCGGCACAAGGCAACCACCACACCCACAACCUGGCUGUGGUCACCUGUCUGACCCGACGACGGCCCAAGACGGAGGACUUCCUGUCUUUUCUCUGCUUGAGAGGUUCAUCAGCGUUGCCCCGUAACAUGGCUUUCUUAGCGGGUAAACGAGAGGACAAACCAGCCGACUGUCAGCCUCUUACUUCCUGGCUUUCCACCAAUCACAAGGCUGCAGCAGCGGGGAGGAACUUUAACAUGUUCAGUAGAACAUCAGUGAAGCCAGACUCGAGGUCUCUGAGGUCUACGGGCUCAGCAGUGGUCGACUCCUUCUGUCCUCUGACGGUGAAAGCACAGAGGAGCAGGGAGAGGACGGAUGGAGCGGAGAAACAGCAGAAGAGGAAGAGGGAGGGAGUGGAGGAGGACAGGAAAGAGGGAGGCGAGAGGCACCUCCUGAGACCAAGGCAGCUCUCCCUACAGGUUGCCAUGGUGACCAGAAUCACCGAACAAAGAGCCGCCUGCGUCGGUUCGGUCGCGCCGUUAAAGCCCAGGAUCGGCGUCGGCCGGCUGUGCACACGGACUAGCGCCGCCUGCAAACCGGGACGCCACCCCCAAGGGAGACCCCCCCAAGAAACCAGCAACAAACACCUCUGCCAGCUGCCUCAGAAACGGCACGUUUCCCUCGACCGCCAGUCCGUCUCUGGCUUCUAUAGCAACUCCAAGACCCACGGUGGCCUCCAGAACCUGGGGAGAAAUUCACGCCAGGCUCAGGCUCGAUUAGCGUCGACUAACGGCUCGUUUGCGAGACGGCUAAACGAUAAUCCCGGGGCCCAGAGGUUGUCUAGAAGAAGGCGAGGCCUCCCACCGGACAUCAGCCCGACCCUCGGAAGUCAGGGUCAUUUGGACAACACAUCAAAAAGUUACAGGACAUUGCAGUACAAAGAUGGCGAUGGCUUGUUGGAGAGCCAUAUUGGUGAGAUCCCACAGAAUGAAGGAAACCGUGACGAAGACGUCGGACGCCAUGUGGAUAACCCCACUGUCGGCCAUGAUGAUACGCAACUUACACAAGACGAAUGUGCUGAGGAGGUGAAACUAGAGGGAGACACUUUACUUAAUGGCAAAGACCUACAACACAACGGCAACGUAGGAACGUUAAAUACGGCGAUAAGCGAGGAGAUUUUAGACCCCUCUCAAGAAAAGUUUAGCUUUUCUGAGGUCAUCACCAGCUGUGACAUCACACCUGUUAGUGAGGUCAUAUGCAAACACAUGAGACAAAAAACACUAAGGAAGACACAGACCACUGCCAUCUCAAAGCCAGUUACCAGGACCGUUGAUAUUAUUAGGCCCGUUGCCAGAGCUGCUAGGAGCAGUGUAACUACCAACUCAUCUACGUCCACACACUCUGACCCACCAGUCGGUCAUUCUGCCAAACGCGCUCCUGCUAAGGGCGCGAAGAAAGGCACCGGCAAGGACAUUACAAAGUGUGCUUCAGCAUCAGCCAGUCCCUCCGGCCGCAAUUCCAAAGGUGCAGCAAAAAAAUCUUCCAGGGUUACGGCAGGGGACAGCGCACCUGGUAGCGGCCACCGCAGCGCUUCCAAGGGCUCCGCGAAGGGCCUUAUCCACACCCAGUCUUCUACCUCAGCCAUCAAGACCAGGUCGAGCCCGAGGAUCACGCUGAGGCGCUGAUGCCAACGCGGACAUUUCACGUUGAAGACUAUCAUAAAAAGCGAUUAAAGCGUUUUUUCUGAUGAUCAGAAGAAAUGCACGACGGGUUUCCAGGAGCUCAUCUCAAAAAAUGUUAGUGUACACCAAUCAGCCACAACAUUAUGACCACCUACAGGAAACGUGGAUAACAUUCGAUGAUUUAAUGUUCUGCUGGGAAACUUUUGGACCUGGUAUUCAUUCAUGUGGGUGUUACUUAGACAUGUAGCACCCACUUAGAUUAAUGUUUUUGUUAUUAAGCUGAUUUCUUUUUUUGAACAAAAAAAAAAAAAGAGUCAGAACCAACAGGUUUCUGCUACAUUUUAAAAAGAGAUUUACGCAGGAUAUACAUAAAAGAUUUAUAAUAAUAAUAAUGAUAAUGCAGUUCAGACCUGGGCCCACACUGACCCAAAGCAAACAGUUUUUCGAUACUAGAGCUUUACCAACAAUAAAAAAUAUAUAUACUGAGCUGAUCAGCCACAACAUUAAAACCACUGACUGGAGAAGUGAAUAACAUCUUGUGAGAAUUCACUGUUCUGCUGGGAAACUUUU